GACAGGCUCUGCGCCCGGCUCGGCCAUGUCUCUCAGGCUCCUGCCGGCCAUCAUUAUGGACAAUGACGAUGACGAUGAUGGGAACUUCACCAAAUGGAUGAGUAGUUACUGGGGUCACGGAGCAGAGGGGGGACACUCCAGGGAGAGGAAACGCAGUUUCAGAAGGCCUGCGAAAACCCAAGCGGAUCGAAGAGCAUCCCUUCCAACUGUGUCACAGUUAGAUGCCAUGAAGUUGAACAAGCUCCACGCGGCGACGAUGGCGCCCGCUCCCAGCCACAUCAAGGUGAGAGAGGAGAAGGGGGAGGUCAGGCCCCACCAGAGAGCUCGACGCACCUCCUCGGACGAGAACAGCCGCACCAAGGCCUCCAUCCCCGAGAACCGCAUCACCCCAAUCCCAGAGCUCACGGAGUCAUUUGAAAAGAGACUGAGCCUCAGCAAUAAAAGGACCGUGUCUCUGAACGAUGGAGACAAAUUGUGCCAUAUCUGUUAUGAAGACAUGUGUAAGGCUGCAGGGGGA